UAUUCAGGUAACCAUCUUCUGAGAUCUCACUACCAGACCGUGUUGCAGCAGCCAGAGUCUGAGCCAGUCCAUUCAGGAGACUCUGUGACUCUGCAGUGUUCAGUCCUCUCUGAGUCCUGUACAGGACAACACAGUGUGUUCUGGUUCAGAGCCGGGGCAGGAGAAUCCCAUCCAGGACUCCUUUACACCCAAGGAGACAGGAGUGAAGAGUGUGAGAAGAGACCUGAGACUCCCUCUCCUACACGGAGCUGUGUCUACAGCCUCUCCAAGAACAACCUCAGCUCCUCUGAUUCUGGGACUUACUACUGUGCAGUGGCCACAUGUGGAGAGAUACUGUUUGGCAAUGGAACAAGACUGGAUGUUGAACCAGCAGUGGAUCUCAUAGUUAUCGUCCUGGUGGUGUCCUUAGCUGUGUGUGUUGUGUUGAUCAUUAUCCUCAUCUGUACCAGAAAGACACGGAGACUGUGUGAGAAUUGUAAAGUGAGUGUUACCUAUCACGGACAUGACAAGACAACUGCAGAACAGUCAAGUGGCCAGGAAAGUGAAGACUUGAACUAUGCUGCUCUGCAGUUCUCUGAGAUGAAAGGUAAAAGAGGAAGAAGGAAGAGAGAGACCCCACAGGAGAGUGUGUACUCUGAUGUGAGGGGUUCUGACUAGCAGGGAAGUGAUCAACAGAAGAUGUAAAAAAAAAUGCAAACAUUGUUGAAGUGGCAGUUGAGGUUAGCUUAUUAUGUUGGAUUUUAUUGACUGAUAUUAACAAUAAUGUUUCCGAGUGAUUUUCAGUUCAAGAUUUUCAGUCUGCACAUACGAGUGUAGUUUGAGCUGCAAUGCUACUGGAACUGUCGUUACAAUGUUAGCUGUUUCUUUACAUAUAUUUGAAAGUUGUUUCUAUAAAUGUUUUUGAAAGGAGCAGUGUAAGUAUAGAGUGCUUUUUGGAUCUGUGAUUGUAACAGUAGAACAGACAUCAUUAUUUAAUAUCAGUAUAGUUAUUUUUAAUUGUAAUUUUGUUAACUUGAUUAACUUCCUGGUUGUGGUUGUCAUGAUGAUUAAGGUGAAAUUAGCAUAGGCUACAAGCGCUGUUGCCAUACAGCACCAAGAAAAAAACUGUCUGAGUUUGAUAUUUCAAAACAGUUGGACUGAAACCUGCUUCCACACCUCACCUCUUCUCAGUCAUGAGCUGGUCCCUCUAUAGAGCUACCAAGUCUAAAGUCAAGGCCUGUGUUUUGCUUAUAUGUUGACAGAAAUGUUACAUUUGGUGUAUGUCCUUUGCAAGGCGACUGUAUACAGUAUUUCUGAAUCAAAGCAAAUACAGUUGACCGGGGCUGAGAAAUAAUGAUACAUAGAACAUGUAUUCAACGUUUAUUUACUUGCAAAUAAAAGUUGGAAAACCAUAACAUGAUUAAACUCAUCCAACCAAUUGGGUAUAUUCUUUAUGUUAAAUGCCUUGAACAUAUUAACAACCUUUUCUCUUCCGUAGGCACUAACACAAUGCAGGAAAGAACAGCACCUUCAUUUGAUGAAGGAAACAUAAUAUGGAUUUGACUUUAUGGUGACCUGGCAAUCAAUUGAUUUGUUUUUUUAAGUAAAGGAAUGUAUCAUGAACAGUCAGAUGAAAGGUUAAUGUGUAUAUGAAUCCCUACAUGAAGGCAAGCACAAGUGGGACUUUGCUAAUGCAUGUUCUUAAUGUACAUAAGUGCUUUCUUUAGCCUAUUGGUGGAUUUGUCACAGGAAGUCCCUUCCACCAAUCAGGUUGCAUCUGAAUCCAGGCCAAAGUUCUGCUCAUGAGUUAAAAGUCAGAAAAGACAAACUAUCAUCGCAAAGCACCAAGAUGAUCUUAAUCAGACAUAUCUGUGUACUCCUUCUCUCUCAACAGUGUAAGUGUGUAUUUUAUAAGUUACAUUAUUUUGGAUUGUGUCAUGUAGGUCAACUGUAGAUUCUC